AUGUCUGCGUCGAAGCAAAAACGUUCCUCGUCUCGUACGACUAGUCUGGCAUCGAGCAGUCGAAUUGCAGCAGCUGAAUAUCCGAUUCUUAUAGAGAGCGGUGGAGAUGGAACCGAAUCCUCUUUGAAGUAUGAUUCAUAUUUUCGGGAUACAGAAAUUGAGUUGUUUUAUGAGGGAUUUUUGAACUUGGCCGUUACGGGCAGUAUUUCGGUUUCACCCAGUCGUCGGACUCGACAAUAUGAAAAGGAUACGUUAUCAAAUCUGAACGAUCGUCUCGCUGUUUAUAUCGAUAGAGUUCGCCAGCUUGAGAUUGAAAAUGAGCGCUUGAACGUCCGCAUAAAUGAAAGUGAGGUAGUCGAAAAGAAAGAGCGGCAUGAUUUGGUAGCACGUUAUGAGGCGAAAGUCAAAGAGUUGCGCGAUUUAAUCGAUGAUGCUUUGAAAGAGAAAACUCGUGUCAAUAUGGAGGCAAAAUCAGCGCUCGCCGAACGCGAUAAUCUUCGUCCUAGGAUUGGGAAACUUGAAAAGGAAUUGAAACAAUCCGAAAAGCUUCGUCUAAGUAACGACAAUCUUAUACAGGAUCUUCAGGCCAGACUAAAUUCUGCUGAUAACAUGAGAAGACAUCUGGAGGAUGAGAAUAAAAAUUUGCUUGCCGAAAAUGAAGACUUGAAGCAGCAGCUGGAGAUGUUACGAAAACAAAUUGAAGAUGAGGCGCUUGCCAAUACUGCACUUCAUAAUCAGAACCAGUCACUAAAGGAAGACUACGAAUUUUUGAAAAGAACUCAUGAAGGGCAAUUGGAGGAAAUACAUCGGAAACGGCAGGUCGAGAUGACAACAACAGCACGUGAAAUGGAGCGCACGUAUGAAUCACGCUUGCAGGAACAACUUCAAGCAAUGCGUACUGAAUUUGAUGACAGAUUGAACAGGAACCGACGUGAUAUUGAUGAGACCUACAAGAACAAACUUAAUGAAGCAAAUGAGGCUCAUCAACAAAUGAAUCUAGCAAAAGAGGAAGCAUCAAGGUUACGUCUACGUAUUCAUGAAAUGGAAAAAGUUGGAAGUGGUUUUGAGAGCCGCAUAGAUGGUCUUAAUAAGAAAAUUGCUGAUCUGGAGAGUCAGUUGCGUUUUGUGCGCGAUGACAGCGAUGUUCGUAUCAGUCAACGUGAUAAGCGCAUUAUGGAGCUUCAGGGAGAAAUUGAUCGUUUAUUGAACGAAUACCAAGAUUUGUUUGAUCUUAAAGUGCAACUUGACACCGAACUGAAAGCAUAUCAGAAUUUGUUGGAAGGAGAAGAAUCGCGAUUAAAUAUUUCGCAACAGUCUUCGGGAGGCUCGCCGGCUUCACCAUCAGUUGGUGAUCGCUUCAGUUUGUCGUACACAGAUUCUGGCCAUCGUCGUCCGAUCAAGCGAAAACGCUUUAAUGCAUCAGACGACAGUUUGUAUUACCGCAACACUGCAAAGUCGUACAAGACAACUUCUAACUCAGAUUGCGAUAUCGAAAUAGAGGAACAUGAUACGGAUGGGAAGUUUAUAAAGUUAGUGAAUAAAGGCGAGGAAACAAUCUCAAUUGGCCAGUGGGCCAUAAAAAGUAUCGCUAAUGACAAAGAAACUGUCUACAAAUUCCAUUCCAGACAAACGAUGAAGCCUGGUGAUAUUAUCACUGUUUGGAGUGCGGAUAGUGGUGAAAAACAUACGCCACCAUCGCAGCUAGUAAUGAAGAACCAGCAGUGGCCUGCAGGUGAUCGGGUCAAAACAUCUUUGGUUGACGCAGAUGGUAAUAAAAUGGCGACUAGAGAAAGCAUAGCCGAGCUCCAAUACGGACAGUUUGUGAGUGAUGAUGGUCAGGAUCCGGAUCAGCGAUGUGCUGUCAUGUAG